ACCAAACCCAAGGGACCACGCAGCCCAUUCUGCACCAUAUACCGGCUUUCUGUCUCCAGAAAAAAAACACAUUUGAAGCAUGAAUUCCCAGCAGGAGAAGCAGCCCUGCAUCCCACCCCCUCAGCCUCAGCAGCAGCAGGUGAAACAGCCUUGCCAGCCUCCACCCCAGGAACCAUGCAUCCCCAAAACCAAGGAGCCCUGCCUCCCCAAGGUGCCUGAGCCCUGCCACCCCAAAGUGCCUGAGCCCUGCCAGCCCAAGUUUCCAGAGCCCUGCCACCCCAAGGUGCCUGAGCCCUGCCAUUCAACGGUCACUCCAGCACCAGCCCAGCAGAAGACCAAGCAGAAGUAAUGUGGUCCGCAGCCAUGCCCUUGAGGAGCCAGCCACUGGAUACUGAACACCUUACCCCAUUCUGCUUAUGAAUACCAUUUGCCUAUUGACCCUGUGGUUAGCAUGCUGUCACCCUGAAUCAUAAUCUUCCCUUUGCACCUCCAAAAAGAUAUUCCUUUCCCUCACUCUGGAGGGCUCCUGUGCCUUUGAGUAAGGCUGAAAGUCUCACUGACUAAACUAGUCUUCUUGUUGCUCAGGGUGCAUCUGAGGAGGGAUUUGGGGAGGGAUCAAGUGAACCAUCCCUGGUCUUCCCUCAAUAAAUAACUUUUAACUCCA